GCUCCCGCAGGUGAGAAAGUGCCAAGAUGCAGAUCUUCGUGAAAACCCUGACGGGCAAAACCAUCACCCUCGAGGUGGAGCCCAAUGACACCAUCGAGAACGUGAAAGCCAAGAUCCAGGACAAGGAAGGGAUCCCCCCCGACCAGCAGCGCCUGAUCUUCGCGGGGAAGCAGCUGGAGGAUGGCCGCACCCUCGCUGACUACAACAUCCAG